ACCCCAAGCAUUUCCCUUUUUCUUUUUCCCAGCAAAGAGACACCAUAGGGUCGAUCUGAACACAGCAAAAUUUCUUCAUCUCUUUGGCUUGUAGCUUUAAUAUCACAUGAGGCCCUCGGUGAAUCGUCCUCCGACCCCAGAUGCAAGGCUUGAUCGAGAAAAAGAGCCAUCGGUUCUAGAAAUCAUCAACAUCAAAUUGAUCGAGAGUGGUGAAAAAGAAAGAUUGAUGGAGCUUUUGAGGGAAAGGCUGAUAGAGUGUGGGUGGAAGGAUGAAAUGAAAGCUCUUUGCAGGGCAUUUGUGAAGAAGAAAGGGAGGAAUAAUGUUACUGUGGAUGACCUUGUACAUGUGAUUAUGCCAAAGGGCAGGGCUUCUAUUCCUGAUUCAGUGAAGGCAGAGCUGUUGCAGAGAAUCCGAACUUUUCUUGUUUCAGCUGCUGUUUGAGACACCUUCAUGCUAUGGCAGAAGGGAAGUUGUAGGAAAAGUUGUAAACCUAUUGUUUAAAGAAAUCUGUGGAAAAGUAGUGCAAAACUUGCCUCAAGGAUGAAUCAAACUUCAGAUAUGGUCGUGAUGACAACCAACGAAUUGAAAUGUUGCAUCCCAGAAGCUUGAGCGUGUUUUGAAGUUCCGUUGCAGCUAUUCUAGGGGUUUGGGAAACCAGUUGCUUUGUGCCUGUUUUAAUUCAGCAUUCCAUUCAAUUUACCAACCUGUUGGAUCCUUACUCCCUUUCACUUUAUCUUAUUUUAAGCUGCUAGAUUUAUGCCAAACCCUGAGUCAGAGCAGAAUACCAGUGGUAGAACCCAAUUUCAGACCCAAAUAGUCUUUCUUUCUUAUUUUUAUUAUAGUUAUUAAAUCAUGAUUCGAUACUUCGGGGGAGCA